AUGGCUAAGAGAGCUUUGGGUUUAGGUCAAAAGAACAAGGAAAAGAAGAGAAAGGUCGACAAUUCGAACUCUAAUAAUGAGCCUAAUAGAAAUUCACCAGCACCAGGUGCAGAUCAAAUUCAAGUGGAAAUGGAUGAAAACGCUGAUUUAGACGAUGAAUUGACACAAUUGAAGGGGCUUUGGAACAAUUACUUUCACAGUGAUAGAGAAAGUGAAUACGUUUUAAACGGUAUAAUCCACGAGUGCGAUAGAUUAUUGCGUCAAUCCGAUAGUGACGAAAAGACUAAAAAACUUCUCAACGACGAGUUCUAUGCGAUCUAUGCGUUGGCAUUAUCAGAACUGACCAUCUUCAAGACUGAACAAGAGGGUGAGGACGUUUCACAAUAUUUUGAUCAGGCUUUGGAAUGGGCUGAAAUCGGUAUGGAAAAAACUUCUAAAGACUCACAGCUAUUACAACUUGCUGUUUCCAAGAUAAUACUUCAACGUAUCCCAUUGCAGUUUAUUUCCAAAUUAACAGUUGACAGUAAACCUGAAGAUGUCAAUCUGGAUCUAUUUGAACAAUUGCAAAGGGCUAAAAAAUGUUUUAACGUUGAGAAAGAUUUAGAAUUGGCCUACGAGGUGCUACAGAUGUUUGACGAUCUCUUAGACAUGUUGGAAAAUUUCGGUCAUGGUAACAACAUCGACGAAGGGUUGGAUAGUGAUGAAGAAGACGAAAUAGAACCUGUGAAAUUAAACAAAAAGCACCCACUUUACCGCCUUCAAAAAGCCAUACCAGAAAACUACGCUUGGUUAAAGGAAACGAUGGUUAAGCUGUUCGAGAACAUUGAAGAAACCACACUUCGCCGUAACGUCGCCAGAACUCUGGGACAUCUUUUCUUGAAAGCGGCAGAAGAACCUACAAGCGUAUUCAUGCAACAAUACGACGACGAAGAUGAAGAGGAAGAAACAGAGGACAAAGAAGUACCAAAGGAAAUCAAGCAGGCUCAAAAGGAGGCACUCUCCCAUACCCGUACUGCUCUUGACUACUUGGAAAAGGCACAAGUGGAGGACGAGCCAGAGACUUGGGUAGAAGUCGCGGAAGCAUACAUCGAUUUGGGUAACUUGCAUGACUACCAAUCUUCAGAACAAGAAAAGGCCUACAAAGUGGCAGAAGAUAUACUAAAAAAGGCCAACAGAGCAUCCCAUGGUAGAUUCCAAGAUAUCCUGGAUAAUUUACUUGCCAAAGACCAGGAUUAA